CCUCCUGGGAGCCGUAGUCCGAGGAGCGCCAUGCCAGGCCUGCUGCUGCCGCUGCUGCUGCUGCUCUCCGCGGCGGCCGCGGCGCGGGCGGCCGGCGGCGGGCUGUACUCGCGGGAGGCCAACGAGGCCGCCGCCGCGCCGCCCGCCGAGUUCCGCCUGGUGCGCCUGAACCAGCUGUGGGAGAAGGCCCAGCGGGUUGGGCUCCCGGCCGUGCGCCUGGCCGAGCUGCACAGCGACCUGCGCCUGCAGGAGAAGGACGAGCUGAGCUGGAAGAAGCUGAAGGCGGCGGGGCUGGACGAGGACGGCGAGCGGGAGGCCCGCCUGAGGCGCCGCCUGGACGUAAUUAUGGUGAAAUAUGGCAUAAAUGGAAAGAAAGAUGCACAGCAGUGGGGCACCAACUACAUCAAAGCGGGCUUUGCCAAUGAUGAUCUUGAUGACCCCCGGCUGGAGAAGCUAUGGAACAAGGCCAAAACCUCUGGGAAGUUCUCAGAUGAAGAACUGGAGAAGUUGUGGAGGGAAUUCCAGCACCACAAAGAGAAAGUCCAUGAAUAUAAUAUUCUGCUGGAGGCUGUGAGUCGGACAGAAGAUGUCCACAAGAACAUGAUCAACCCAGUGGAAGAGGAGAGUGCAGCCAAGAAGGAGCAGCUACACCGCAAGCACUCGGAGCUCAAAGAGAAGCUCUACAGCAUUAACCAAGGCUUUGAGCGCCUGCGCAAAGUCAGCCACCAGGGUUACGAUUCCACCAGCGAAUUUGAAGAACCCCGUGUGAUUGACUUGUGGGAUAUGGCUAAAUCAACUAAUUUUACAGAGAAAGAACUUGAAUCCCUUCGGGAAGAAUUGAAACAUUUUGAAGCCAAAGUUGAAAAGCACCACCAUUAUCAGAAACAACUGGAGAUCUCCCACGAGAAACUGAAGCAUGUGGAAGGAACAGGAGACAAAGAGCAUCUCAGCAGAAACAAGGAGAAAUACUCCAUGCUGGAAGAGAAGACAAAAGAGCUGGGAUACAAGGUCAAGAAACACUUGCAAGAUUUAUCCAGCAGAAUUUCUAGAGGCCUUCAGCACAAUGAACUCUGAAGCUUCCACUGCUUUGCAUACUGGUCAGAAUUCAGUACUGAAAUGUACAUAUUAUUUGAUGUUCUGAUUGUCAGGUCUUCACUGACCAUUUGUUUUUUCCCCAGUAAUGUUUGUUUCAGUUCCUGAUCCCACCCUAUUGCGCCCUUUCAUAGCAGCAGACUUACAAAGUGCGCCAUGAUUUCUUGCUAUGUGGGCUUAAGGGCACUAAAACAGCAGCUUCUGAAUGCAAAACCAUGUUCAAGAUGAGAAUUCCUUGAGAGAAAUGAGGUGGUUGCUGGAAUGCAUGUGCCAGGUUUAGUAUUCUUGCUCCAGGGUUAACCUCCGGUGUUAAUAAACAUUAGGAUGUCACUGCAGCACUCGCACGCAUUGAGGUUGGAAGCCUUUGUUGCUGAUGCGCCAUGCAUUGUUCUGUGGGCUUCCUCUCAACGCCAUGGCUUUCUGACAUGCCACUUAAAGAGCGGAAGGGGAGGGGGCCCCCACUUUGUCUUACGCUGCUGAUGCCAGCAGGGGUGGGUGGUCCUGCUCAGACUGGGGUAAUCCCGGCACAAAGGGAAGCGGGUGGCUCUGAACAGGAAGCAAAGCUGGAGGAAUGCAGUGGACUUGACAGGCAUGCUAGGCUUUUAAUGAUUUAAAUAGUGCCACCCUGAUUUUGGUUGACUUGUGGUCCAGGGUCUAAAAACAAGUUCAAGUAAGGAAAUGCUUAUGAUCAUUGCAUAAAUGUACUCAUGCCACA